AGGUGGAAUGAAUACGUUGACGACACUCGUGUGCUCAAGUACAACAACGAGAAUCGCGAACUACAGAAGAAAAUAAAAAAACAAAUGUUGGUGAAGAAACGAAAGGAGGAGAAGGGCAAGAAGAAGACUCCCAAAGCGCCGGAUGCUGAAACCAGGAAACAACUGGCCGUGGAAACGGAAGAAGAAUACAAUGAGAAAAUCGAGGUCAAGCUUAAAAUCUCAAAUGAUCUCAAGGCUCUGCUGGUGCAAGAUUGGCAGGAGGUGAUAGCCAAUCAGAAGCUGGUCCCGCUGCCCCGCACACCGAACAUCACGAAGAUACUCGAGGGCUUCAACAAACAUGGGAAGAAGAAGAAGCUGGCGAUAGACGAUGAUGUUGUGCAGGAGUUACUCGCAGGUAUUAAGACGUACUUUGAGCACUCCUUAGGCACACUGCUGCUCUACGACUUCGAGAGACCGCAGUACGAAGACUCGGUGAAGGACUGUACCAACGGCGAUGUGUGUGAUGUGUAUGGGGCUGAGCAUCUACUGCGCUUAUUCGUAAAACUGCCGCACCUCCUGGCACACACCGACAUCAAGAACGAUUCGUUGGAAAUACUGCUGAGUCAUCUCAAGGCAUUCUUGGCAUACCUGGUGGCAAACAGUGCAACGUUUUUUAUGCGCCCAGACGAGUAUGAAGAAGUCACGGAGGACUAUCAAGCGAGGUUGGGCAAACACUAACGCUCGUCCAGCCCAAACAUGCCCCUUCAGGCACCAUUCAUAAUUCUAGCAUGCUUCUCACAGCAGCAUCCAAACUCUGGACUGCUCCUCCAUGCACCCCUUCGUACCUUAUCAGGGUACCGUAUAACGCAGAGAAUAUCUGAAGCGUGCGUCUCGCAGUCCCAUGCAAAUUAUUUAGCAUGUAUGCCUACUUGCUACAGGUUGUAGGUACAACAUGCGGCCACGCUCUAGCUGUCUCCUCACAAGUACGCCUUGAUAUAGAGGCGCGUACCCGCACACCUCGAGGGUGCCGCAAUGUUUAGUCUUGACCCUAAGUGUAUGUCGAUGUGAUUGAGCUAUCGCGUUGUUCGUAACUGCACUAAGGUCCCCUGAGUCGCGCAUGAUGGUGUGGCCAGUACAAUGACACAUGGCAGCACUUGAGCCCAAAGCUGUAGGUAUAGUCUACUACGGCACGUGCAGUACGCUUAUACACAAACGGUGUGGCUGUCACCUAAUUAGCUGCACUGAGUGAAGCACGCUUGACGUGACGAUGCCAAGUUGCUAUGGUGUGUGUGUCUGGGGACCGCUGAUCAGUGCGAUGGUAGGAGGGGCGUGAUGAAAUGCGCAGGAGUGGGUCAAUGCAGGACGCAACGCAGGACAUUACAUAGUAUAUUUGAACGGAUAUACGCGCAUAACACACACACAACUGUGUGUUAUGUUGUGUUUGGUACAUACACAUCGUUCAGGGAUGGUACAGGCGAUGCACUAUGGCACCACACUGUCAUUUACUUAGUACAGAGCGGAGUCUAGCUGGCUACCCUCCGACUGGGCCUCUGGUGUCGAUGCACGGAAGGGGAUGGGUGUGGUAAUGGG